AUGGCUGCUCAGAGUUGCUGCGAUGCCGUUGCCGGCACUGCUGCACCGGUGGCCACAAGGCGCCUGAAAUUGACAAGGCCGUUGGCGUCGCUCAUGAAGGCGAGAAAGAUAAGAAAGAAGGCUGCCGGCGGCAAACGCCCAAGGGCGGCAGCGUCGAGGAAGCGCGUGAUGGCGAUCAGGAGGAAGAUGGAAGCGCUGAGGAGGCUCGUGCCACUUUGCGGAGACGACGGCGGGGUCGUCGGCCAGGAGUCUGGUGGGGACCGACUGGACGAGCUCCUCCUGCACACCGCCGGGUACAUCCUGCGCCUCCAGAUGCAGCUCAGAGUGAUGCAGGUCAUGGUCCAUGCAUUAAAUAACCUGCCGGAGGAUUAA